ACCCCGAAGCAAACAGGUCUCACGAUCGUUUCUUUCACUUCCAUACGGCAGUAACACGUUUCCGUCGUCUCGACGCAUCAUCAACGUCACGCGGCCACCGUGUAAUCCGCUUCGGGGUUCCAUCCAGUUUACGCGCGAUUUUACCGGCGGUCGGUGCUUCCUGUGAUAGUGAUCCAAGGACUAAUUAGAUUGGGGGUAGUUUUUCCGCUACCUUUUUCAUUGUGGACGUUUGUUGGUGAUCGGGGAUCGAUAGAGAUUAGCUAGAUGGCAGUCAGCACCCUGAACAUGGCACCGUACUUCACUGGAUAUCCUUUUCAAGGACAAGGUCGCGUGAAUCAACUCGGAGGUGUUUUCAUCAACGGGCGUCCAUUACCGAAUCAUAUCCGUUUGAAAAUCGUCGAAAUGGCGGCAGCCGGUGUUAGACCGUGUGUGAUAUCGAGACAGUUAAGGGUGUCUCAUGGUUGCGUAUCGAAAAUCCUGAAUCGGUAUCAGGAAACGGGCUCGAUCAGACCCGGAGUGAUCGGUGGUAGUAAGCCGCGAGUUGCCACGCCCGAAGUCGAAGCGAGAAUCGAGGACAUGAAGAGACAGAAUCCUGGGAUUUUCAGCUGGGAGAUACGCGAGAAACUGAUAAAGCAGGAUGGUAUCUGUGAUAAGGCAUCAGCACCAUCGGUUUCAAGUAUUUCGAGACUUCUUCGAGGACCCACGAACCAAACUCGUCCUGGAGAGGAUCCUCGAAGGAAUCAUUCUAUCGAUGGGAUACUCGGCGGAAGCAGCGGCGACGAUUCAGACACGGAAAGCGAACCAGGCAUCGCCCUGAAGAGGAAGCAACGAAGAAGCCGAACCACCUUUACUGGUGAACAGCUCGAACAAUUGGAAGCAGCUUUUCAUAGGACACAGUACCCAGACGUGUACACUAGAGAGGAAUUAGCUCAAAAAACGAAUUUAACGGAGGCACGUGUGCAAGUGUGGUUCAGCAACAGACGAGCCAGACUUCGUAAACAAUUGAACAGUCAACAAUUGAACGCUUUCAAUACGAUGAGCUUGCAAUCGUUUCAAACUCAACACUACGGUAGCAGCGCCGAGGGUUAUCAGGGCUACGGGCAAGCAUCGGUAGCUGCAGCCGCGGCAACCACCGCCGGUUAUCCUCAACACUACAACUACGGCGAGAAUUACUAUACUGCCCAACAACAAUGGCCGAGACCAACCGCGGAGAACUAUGGACUAUUUAACGCAUCCCAUUAUGGCAGCACCAAUUUAGCUUCAAAUUUGGCCAGCAGUAAUUUGAAUUUGGGCACCCUGGGUGGUAGUGUCAGCCCUACAGCCUCGAACAUGAGCGCAUGUAUGGUCCAAGGUGCCUCCUCGGGGGUGCCAGCCCCUACAGGGAUGACCCAUCACGUGACCCCACAUAGUCCUAGCGAGGCAAAGAGUGGCUACCCUUACUUGGGUGGCAUAGAAUCUCAGGUCUGUGGUAGAGUUCAUUGAACUCCAGAGUGCAAUUAAAAUGACGCUAAAGUACUGAUACACUAUGAAAUUAAUUGCACCAGUUUCAAUAUAACGUCUUAUAGUGCUCUUUUCAAUCUCAAUACUGCCGCACUGCAAAUAUGUAAAUAAUAUAUUGAUUAUUGUCUAAUUAUAUCGCUUUUUUAAAUGCUUAUCUUUGUCAUUUUGUAGAAAUGUAUGUAUAAUAUUAGAUGAACGAUGACAUAUCAUAAUCUAUAAUAAUAUUAAUUAUUGAAGUUACGUUACCUUCGAUAGAGAAGACUUUCUUUAAAUACCUAUAUUUAUUCAUGAAGAGAAUUUUUUAAAGUUUGUAGACAGUAGAAAAUCAUAAUUUAUAUCAUCACCAUUCUGAAAAUAAAUUGAAAUUAAAUAAACAAAUCAAGAAUAUUAAAAUUAUGUGUUGAAUAGAAUCUAAACAUUCAAUAAUAUUGCUCUUACUAAUAUUUAUGGUGUUCCACCGUUCUACGGUAAUAUCUCCUCCUCCCCUUCCUACCCUUCAGCUAUUAUUAGGUCCCAGUUGAGAAUUCCUAUUUCCUCUGGGCAACGCCAUUUUUCCAACAGAAGCCUACUCUGCUCGAUAUUGUAUAUAAAUGGAAAUGUAAUAAUUAAUCAAUAUAAUAGAAUACAAUUUUUAUAGAUUUAUCGAUCGGUAAAUUAUUGCAACAUAUUUGUCAUAAAUACAUCCUAUAUUACUAGAUUUUCAUUCUGCUAUUUUAGAUCGUUUAAAAGAUGUAAAUAGAUUUUAAGGAAGUAAAAUUUAUUAAACAAGGCUGUUCCAUGUAAUUAAAUAUCUUGACCCUUUGCAUUCUAAUAAUAAAUUAACGCAGUGUUAAGAAAUUCAAAUUCAACCCAAAUCAAGAUGCUAUGAAAAAACUAUUUGGAGUGCAAAAGGUUUAAUAUUUCCUUGUUUCAAUUAAUUAUAGAUUCAUGAAAUUUGUUUAAUAAGCGAAUUGUAUAUAAUAUGUAUAUUUAAGAAGAAAAUUGUCUAUAACGAAAAAAGAUUACGAUCUCGUCGAUUUGAUUAUUAUUAAUUGGCCAGUUAAUUAAAAUUGUUGUGUAUAAAGACGAG